AUGGCCAAACUCACCGACCUUUCCAAUGAACUCCUACUUUGCAUCGUCGCAUACCUCACAACGGGCGGUGCAUCCGAUGUUCAAGCCUUACUGCGCUUAUGCCGAACGUCCCGCGCGCUAGCAGCCGUUGCGCAACCGGCGCUUUACACUUGUGUGCAAAUAGCAGAGCCAAAAACAGACCCUCUGAGAGCUCUCAAGCUCUUCCUCACAACCUCGAUCGAACGUCCCGAGCUAGCGAAGAAGACGCGAGAGCUGAGUUUGUUCAACGAUCGAGGGAUUCGUUACAAAUGGCCUGAUCUUGGACGCGAUGGCACGUUCAUGAGGUUGUCGGCGUUAAUAGGUGGUCAUGAUGGUGAGAUCGAGCCGGAGCUCUGUUACAAGCCGCUCGCAUUAUACGUCCUUGCUCGACUGCCAAACCUCCAACAUGUCCACUUGAAAGCGCAGAUCGAACAUCCGCACGCGCUGCUGAAACAGAUGCAUGAGAUGAGAGCAGCCGAUACUUCGUUCCUGGCUGAGUUGAAGACAUUCCACUUACCGACUUUGGAAGUGCUGCAUCUGGACUUCUGCUACUACUACCACCUCGGCGAUCUAGAAUUUCAGCUAGACCUGCAAGAGACUGGUGAAGGCCCAGAUGAUUACAUUUACCCCUCCUUGCGCGACUUCGAGCGUUUGUCGCACAUGACAAUUGAGUUCGAGAAACUCGCCAAGUUCGAUGAUCUGCCAGCGUCACUUACAUCGUUGAAGCUACAAUACUGCCAGUUUGCAGAUCUAGAUGCGACGUAUCUUCAAAAUCUGGCCCAGCUAAAGGAGAUAUGGUGUCCGAUCAUUGAACGUGUGGACAUAAUCGGUUACGAGUUGACUAACGAAGGUAUCGCCAGAAUUAGGGAACACAUGACAUCCUUGGGCUUGCCGUUUCACGUAACCACGGAUGGACGGCGUCUCUCAUUCAAGAAGGUGGGGUAUCAGAUACAGAUCGAUUCCCUCAAGAAGGAACUUGGUUAUACGUGA